GUACAGACGAAGGCGGGGAGCCCGAAAGUACCGCACUACUCAGUGGUCCCGCAGUGGGUGCUGGACUGGAUCGCCACCAAGGACCCGAAAGAGAUCAAGAAGGCGUUUAGGCUAUGUGGGCUUGUCGUGGGAUCUUCAUUUGACAAGACCUCCCUGCAUCCUCCGCUGCGCGAGCUUAUCUCCUCUAGUAUCGACAUGCAUGAGCGGCAUCUGCGGUAUCUACACUUGGUCGGCGACGACGAAGAAGAUGAGAGGGAGCCGAUAUGCCUUCAACCGCCAGCCUGGUAUCUGCCCGAAGACACGCACUCAAGUCUGUUUUGCUGUCUUAGGCACUCUCUGGCAAGCAGUAUCGCGGACUAUGCUCACGUCUUGACGAGCUACAUGCGAGAGCUGGAUGAUCUGAAGGGGUUAUUCGAUGACAACUACAUCACCUCGCUCAGGAACGGAGAGAGAGACGGUAGCGAGCUCGAGAUUUUCGCAGCGGCUCAGCUGCAUUCCUGCAAUAUUCAGGUAAAAACGCCCAGUGGACUGUUUAUUUUAAUUGAGCGCCUAGGCGGCUGGUGCGCGGUAAGACGGUAG